GUGAUGAUGAGGCUCUUACCCAAAGUAGGGUAUGUAAAGGCUCAAUCAUAACUAUUUAGAAGUUUCGAGCUUUGUUGAUCUAUUUUGCUUAUCAAGUUUCUUGCUUUGGACGAUGAACCAAGGCAUACAACGGAGUCUAGAAAGGAUGUUCUCCUCUUGGCAGAUGAUGAUGAAAAAGUCGCUCAUCGUAUAAAAGAGAACCACCCCUGAACUCUAACCCUCUCCAAGAACCUUGUUUUUCGUUGAGCAUCUCAUUUUUCGAUUAAAGUUACUUGUCUCCUCAAUGCAUUCUCCUCCGACCUCAAACCGCAAUGAUGGUCAAGAGUCUGAUUUCCUCAUCCCACCAAUCUCUCUAACCCGCGAAAUCAUCCUCGUCUUCGUCAUCUUCCUGACAAAUUUCAUGGUUCAGGUAGGUAAUAUCCAAGGCAUCCUACCCGACUACGCCAUAGCCGCCAGUUUCGGCGCAGAUCCCACAGACAUUGCCUGGUUCCCAGCAUCAUAUAGUCUGACAUCAGGGACGUUCAUGUUAGCAGCCGGCCGACUAGGAGAUAUCUACGGGCACAAGAAACUGUAUGUCGUGGGCUGGCUCUGGUUCGCCUUAUGGUCUCUCCUUGCGGGACUAUCGGUCUAUUCGAGAUCCGCCAUAUUUUUCGAUAUCUGUCGAGCGAUGCAGGGUAUCGGUCCAGCGAUUCUCGUCCCAGCCUCCCUCGCCAUCCUGGGAUCGGUAUACAGAGACGGACACCGAAAGAAUCUCGCGUUCGCUUUAUACGCUGCUGGGGCGCCUGUUGGGUUUACUGUUGGAGGCGUAUUCGCCGCUUUGCUGGCCCAGCUAGCGGAGUGGAGUUGGUCGUAUUACUCGACCGCUAUCGUCUGCGCGGGUCUCGCUGGACUUGCGUCGUUCGCAAUUCCUCCUAUCUGUGACAAAGAAACUACUAUUCCAUCUUCAGAAGGGAAGAACCAGUUCGACUACUGGGGCGCUUUCACCGGUAUAUCAGGGCUCAUCCUCUUCAACUUCGCAUGGAACCGUGCUCCGGCUGUUGGCUGGCAAAAGGCCCAAGCAAUCGCCCCUCUCAUCCUUGGCAUCAUCCUCAUCGGUCUGUUCUUCUCCAUCGAGAAGAAAGUCUCGCAACCUCUCUUACCGAUCAACAAACUGUCCAAAGAUGCAAUCUUCGUUCUCCUCGUUGUCGGCGUCGGUUGGUCCAGUUUUGGCAUCUUCAUCUACUACAGCGUGAAUUUUAUCACCCAGCUCCGGCAAUGCAGUCUCCUCAGUACCGCCGCUCAGUAUGUUCCGGUUCCGUUCAGUGGUCUCGCCGCCUCGUUAUUGACAUCGUUCCUCCUCGGCCGCGGCGUUCCGACUUCUUACUUGCUGGCUUUGUCCAUGUUCUUCUUCUGUGGUAUGAAUGUCCUCAUUGCAAUAAUGCCAGUUGAGCAAUCAUACUGGCGAAACAUGUUUUGGGCAAACGUGGUGGCGCCGUUUGGAAUGGAUAUUAGCUUUCCAGCAGCAACGAUUCUCAUCAGUGGCAUGGUGGAGGCAGGGGAGCAGGGGAUAGCGGCCAGUCUGGUGGCGACGGUUGUAUAUUAUUCGCAGAGUGUUGGGUUGGGGUUUGCGGGGACGGCGGAGGCGUAUAUUGGGAAGUAUGGAGGGAGUACGUUGGAGGGGUACAGGGCUGCGUUGUAUGUUGGGAUUGGGUUGAGUGGAGUGGGGAUUCUGGUUGGGAUGGGGUAUGUGUUUUAUGAUAGUAUGGGGGGAAAGAGGAUAGAGGAGAAAAGAACUUCGGAUACGGAAUUGGCUGAAGAGAGUGUAUAGAAGAAUGAAGUGCAGACGGGUGUGAUGGGCAAAAUGAAAGUAGGGGGUAGAAAAGGUCAUGCUCUCGAAAGUAUAUGAGGAUGUAUCACAAAGAUAUACUCUCAAGCUGAUGCCGAAGUAGAUCGGGUUUGGAUGGAGCACAGCGCUACUGUAUUAUUGUAGAAGACUUCCUGGGGACUUU